AUUUUCACAAACGCGUUUCACUCACAGUGCCUGAGUUCCGGAUACUUGCCCUCAUAGGGCUCGCUCGUUAAAUCUCUAAUUUAAAUUCUACGCCAAAUAAGAAUUUUCAUUCCUUUUUGAGCACUUGGGAAUUUGAAAUUUUGAAAUCUGUGUGUGUUUGUGAAAUUCGUUCUAUCCUCUUUGUGGGUUUUGGGCCAUGCCGAUUGUUGCUGCAGCUGUCGUCGUCCCACUGGGCCUGCUCUUCUUCAUCUCAGGCCUCGUUGUCAAUCUCAUUCAAGCGAUUUGCUUCAUUCUUAUUCGGCCUGUGUCUAAGAAUUUAUACAGAAGGAUAAACAGAGUGGUGGCAGAAUUAUUGUGGCUGGAGCUGGUGUGGCUCAUUGAUUGGUGGGCAGGUGUUAAGAUUCAAGUAUACACAGACCAUGAAACCUUUAAUUUAAUGGGUAAAGAACAUGCACUUGUCAUAUCCAAUCAUAGAAGUGAUAUUGAUUGGCUUGUUGGAUGGGUUCUGGCUCAGCGGUCAGGUUGCCUUGGAAGCACCUUAGCUGUAAUGAAGAAAUCAUCAAAAUUCCUUCCGGUCAUAGGGUGGUCAAUGUGGUUUUCUGAGUAUCUUUUCUUGGAAAGAAGCUGGGCCAAAGAUGAAGGCACAUUAAAGUCAGGUGUUCAACGGCUGAAGGACUUCCCUCAGCCCUUUUGGUUGGCUCUGUUUGUAGAAGGCACUCGUUUUACACAGGCAAAGCUUUUAGCAGCUCAAGAAUAUGCAGCCGCAACAGGGCUUCCUGUCCCUAGAAAUGUUUUGAUUCCCCGUACUAAGGGUUUUGUCACUGCAGUCAGUCAGAUGCGCUCAUUUGCUCCAGCCAUUUAUGAUGUAACAGUGGCUAUUCCUAAAAGUUCACCUGCACCGACAAUGCUAAGACUCUUUGAGGGGCGACCUUCUGUGGUGCAUGUGCACAUCAAGCGGCAUGUCAUGAGGGAUUUGCCUGAAACUGAUGAGGCUGUUGCACAAUGGUGUAAAGAUAUAUUUGUAGCCAAGGAUGCAUUGUUGGACAAACACACAGUAGAGCAAACUUUCGGCGAUCAACAAUUGAAAGUUACUGGUCGGCCGCUGAAGUCUCUUUUGGUUGUUACAGCUUGGGCCUGUUUACUUAUUUUGGGGGCUCUAAAGUUCCUCUACUGGUCUUCGCUUCUAUCCUCGUGGAAGGGUAUUGCAUUUUCAGCAUUGGGUUUGGGCGUUGUUACUGUCCUUAUGCAGAUCUUGAUUCGAUUUUCGCAGUCAGAGCGUUCAACACCUGCCUCAGUGGCUCCUGCAAAUAACAAUAACAAAGGGGAGUCUUCAGGCAAACCAGAAAAACAGCAAUAGAGUACAGCUUCAUUCCCAAGCCUUUUGUAGCUGGGCAACUUGUGAUUCAUGUUGCUUGCGUGUUCGUCACCCCUCCCUUACCAUAGUGUGGUCGAGCUUUAAAGUUCUUUCUCUGUGGUGCCCCUUUGAUUCUGUAAAACGCAUAUUUUGUGUGCAUAUCAAUUCAUUAACUGCUGGUUGAUUAGGGUAAUUUCUGUAUAGACUCUUAAAAAUGGCUGUAGCAGCACUGCUAGGUCUAGGAUGCCCCUCAGAAAUUACACUUCCUUUGACCUUGUUUGGUAGUGAACAUGGUGAGGCUUGGGACAUGACCCUUUCGCUUUUAUCAUUUCUGUUCGGUGUAAUUUAUGCGUACGGGAGCAUUUUGG